UCCAUAUUAACUGCCAAACAUGCCUUGACUUCCACUGUCGUGAAACCUUCCUCUUUCUUCUUCCUAAAUGGCUUCAUCCCAAGACUCUCAGCCUUUCCACUGGCACUACGCCGAGCUCGAAGACCGCGACUUCCAAAUCCGAGGCCGAACCCUCUUCUUCAUCAUCGUCCUCUUCUCUUUCGUCCUCGUCUUCACCCUCAUCUUCGUUUACGCCCGAUGGAUUUGCAGUUUCCAUCGAGACAACAGUAGUACCCGGUCCCCGACCUCCCACGCGCCUCCACCGCCUCCCCCGCAGCCUCGAGGUCUCGACCCUGCCACCAUCAAUGCCUUGCCGAUAACCAUGGUCACGGGAGGGAGGAAGUCGGCGGCUGUGGUGGCGGCGCUUGAGAGUGAGUGCUGCAUCUGCCUCGGAGUGUUUGAAGAUGGCGAGAAAGUUAAGGUUUUGCCUGCUUGUCAGCAUUCCUAUCACUCCGACUGCGUUGAUAGGUGGCUCAGUGCUGAGUCGAGUUGCCCACUUUGUAGAGCUUCUCUCCGAGCUGAAUCAGAGCUUCAUCAGAUUCCUGUCAUUGUUGUUGUUGUGAGUGGAGAAAUAUGUGUGCUCUUCCCUUCUCUCACAUAAUUCAAUACCAUCAUCAAACAAUUUAGAAUUGCUAGCUUGGAUGGUUUGGGUGUCAAUGAAACUGGCUUGGCUGCUGUCUGUACUCUCAUGUCUCCAGAGAGUGAUGGAUGUUUCUAG